AUGGAGUCCAACAAGAAAUACAAUCCAUUGCCCGAUUUCGAAGGUGAUGAUGUACCGAUUGGUUACGUUGGCGCUACGAUGAUGCCAGGUCCAAUCAUCUCACUUCCAAGGGAACAACAUGAUAACGUGAGACAUGCUGGAAAAGGUAAACAAAAUGAUACCGGAACGUGUACUGAAAAAGAGGAGACAACUGGAGGUGAUAAAAUUAAAGAAUAUGAAAAACCAUCUUAUAUUCAUGGUGCGAAAGAUAGCGUUGCUGGAUCUCUGAAGGAAGCCAUCGGUAAAGCUGCGGGAAAGAAAGAAAUGGUAGAUAAGGGAAGAGAACAAAAAGAAAGCGGAAAAGGUGAAGUCAAACAAUCUCAACAGGAGGAUAUAUAUGAUGAUAAAUUUGAAAUUUUAGGAGGAAUGGAAUAA